AUGGCCGGCCGAGGCGGGGCGCUCGCGCUCGUUGCGCUGUGCAUGCUCGAGGUCGCGCUGCGGGGCACCGGCGCCGCCGCCGGGGAGCGGCUCGUGCCGGCCAUGUUCGUGUUCGGAGACUCGACGGUGGACGUCGGCAACAACAACCUGCUGCCGGGCUGCAAGCCCGAGUGCAGGGCCAACUACCCGCGGUACGGCGUCGACUACCCCUCCCACGCGCCCACCGGCCGCUUCAGCAAUGGCUUCAACCUUGCUGACCAGAUAGCUCAAUUUCUUGGAUUCAACGAGAGCCCGCCUGCUUUCCGAUCCCUCCCGGCCGAGGGCAUCGUUCCACAGAUGAAAGGCGGCAUCAACUUUGCGUCGGGAGGGUCAGGGCUGCAGAACCAAACGGGCUGGCUUCCUCUGUUGUGCAGUGCGGAGGAGUCUACACUCUACAGCAUGGCCGACCAACUCGAGGAGUUCACGUCGGUCGUCAAGAUGAUGGGGGACAGCUCGUACGACCUCAUCUCCACAUCACUCUUCUUCCUCAGCGCCGGCAGCAACGACUUGUUCGAGUACGCCGAUGACAAGAGCCCUGACCCUCACCGCGACGACACCGCCUUCCUGAAAUGCCUCGUGGAUUCUUACAAGACCUACCUGCAGGAAUUGUACGCGGCCGGGGCGAGGAAGUUCAGCAUCGUCAGCCCGUCGCUGGUGGGGUGCUGCCCGUCGCAGAGGGCGGCCGCGCUGACACAUCACAACGGCUUGGACGAGCUCCAUUGCUUCGGCGCGGCCAACAACCUGUCCAGGCAGCUCUACCCGUUGCUGGCCUCGACGCUCCAGGGCCUCAGCCGUGAUCUGGACGGCAUGCACUACUCUAUCAGCGACUCCACAGGGAUGGCCGAGACGGUCUUCACACCCGGCGGCGCCAUUGGCUACAACCUGACGGUGCUGGACACGGCGUGCUGCGCCGGGUCAGGGCAGUUCGGGACGGGCGGGUGCAACGCCUCGGCCGUGCUCUGCCCCAACCGCGCCAACUUCGUGUUCUGGGACGGCUUCCACCCGACGGAAUAUGCGUCGAGUUUGGCCGCCUUCGUGCUCUUCAACGGCGGCGGGAAGUUCGUCGGCCCGAUCAACGUGGAGCAGCUGGCGGCGCUGUAG